CCCCAUCCUCGCCUACGUUCCUCCCUCCAGCUGUGGAUUAAACAUCCUUCACUCCCUCACGACGUACAGACUGUCUACAUCACGGAUCGUUAAAUGCUGCUUCGCAUGUGAAGGAAAAUGUGUCGUGUCACCUCCAGCGGAGGAUCCUAUUGUCAGCGGGAGUAGCGACGGCUCUAGACGCCGUUUCAGGAGGCGCAGACCCGGGUAGCUGUCCUUAAAAACCCCGCCACCAUGGAUCUCUCCUUUAUGGCAGCGCAGAUUCCGGUGAUGACCGGUGCCUUCAUGGACUCAUCUCUCAAUGAUGACUACAGCACUGACCACUCUCUGUUCAACUCCUCUGCCAGUGUCCAUGCUGCCUCCAUGGUAGCUCAUAGCCCACCUGAGGAGCCCCAGCCCAUGUCCUGGGAUGCCAUUUGGCUCUGGAUUGCCAUCACUGCCACCAUCGGAAACAUAGUGGUUGUGGGUGUAGUGUACGCGUUCACAUUCUGAAAGUAACUUCUCUGAGUGAAGAUGUUUGAAAGAACAUGGCAUAUAUAUAGUUUAUGCCUAGCUAAAAACAGCAGUGGGCUGUGCAUGCAUUCUCUUUCAGGCGGACAACUCACCAAAUGGAAUUUCACCUAGCCACUAAAGGACUUGUCAGCAAAAUUAUCCAGCAGUUAUCAGUCUCAAAGCACUUCAGUCAUAAUGCGCUUCUGCCAGUGAAGCAUCGAGGAGUGGAAAAAAGUAUAUAUUGAGAAAAACAUUUCCUAACAGCAGACAUAAUAUACAAAUGUCUCCUCUUGUCAACGUGGUAAUGUGCUUUGAAGUACGCUUAUUUUUUUCCUUAAUGGCCUAUAUAUACUUGUGAAAAAUGUUUGCUUACAGUAUAUAUACAAAAUGUAUCAUUAUAUCAGAUAUGAAAAAGGGAUGUUAUGGGCCCACUGCAAAUGCUACAUGUCUGUGUGUGAGUGUCCUUUGAAAUGUUGCAGCAGCAAACUUUUGUGAGCCUCAUGUUAGGGUGAAGAACUGAACUAAAGACAGAGGCUACAUUUGCAGAUCUCAUGCACAGCAGGAGUUUUGCCAGAGGCAAGGGCAUACUGUCAAGUUUCACUAAUCACAUUCAUAAAUCAUAAGCACAUUUAAAGAUUCUUGUAUAGAUUCAAAACUGUGCAUUCACAACUGUCCACUUAGUUUGCAAACAAUUUGGCCAGUCAUAGUGAAAACAAACUUAAGGCAGUUGUGUAGAGGAGUGUGUUUUUUAUACAUUCACUCAGGGAUGUGCUCAAAGUGGAUCAUUUGGACAACAGGUAAAGGAAGCUAAUGAGGGUUCUUCAGAUUUGUUAUUAUUUACUUUUAUUUUACCAGGAAGUUAAACGAUCAAGAUCACAAUCUCUUUUUCAAGGGAGACCUGACCAAGAUGGCAGCCACAUAAAUUUGUAACGUAUUAAAAUUCAACACAUAAAACACAAUAUAAAUCUUUAAUGGAUUUGAAUGUGUCUAACUUUAGAUCUUUCUGCAAGUUAUUCCAUUACCAAGGUACACAGGAGGAAAAUACAGUUUUCCUCAGAUCUGUAAAAAUUUGAGGUACAUUAAAAAGUAACCACCUGGAAAAGCAUAGCUGGUAACCACCAGAGCUAAGACAGAAAAUGGUGCAAAGAUAAGGCUGAACCAAGGCUUUGUAAAAAAGAGAAAUAAAGGAGAGAGAUGACUUACUCAAGAUUUCACAAACCAUUGUCUCCAUUCUACAUUUUUAUGGCAUUUGUGUGCAUUUUUGAGUCUGUCACUUUGUGAGGCCUGUGUAAAAACAAUUACACAAGGUUAAAAAGUUCAGCUACUUGUUUUUCUAGAGCGCCAGUGUUUUUUUGUUAAAUGCAUCUCAGGAUUUACUCUGAGUAUACCACUAUCUGUCUGGACUUGAAUUUAGCCACAACACUGGCUCCAUGUAAUGAUCCAUUACAAAGCUCAAAUUUGAUUUUGUGGCCCCUUUAAAAGACUCCCUUAUUUCUCUUACAGUCAGUCAUCUGUCAUCCCACUACACCUCAUCUUUGCACAGUAGGGUUUUUUUCUUAAUUGUUUACACUGUGGUGGAUCCUGACUUGCACAUUCGCAGACCUUCCCCUCAGCAGCCAAAUUGUUUUCCAAGCUGAAUAAGAUAUAAUGAGCUCUGGGGUAAAAGUUGCUUGUUGCCAUAGUGAUGCAUCUCCCCACCCCCACUCAUAUCCCCAUAGCAGCACACCUGCUUUAUGUCCCCCUGCCCAUCUGGCUACCGCAGCACAUGUCACACACACAUACACACACGCAGCUAAUGACACCACAACACACACGUUGCUGGAACAUCAACAAGCCCAGCUAUUUUCAUUUAUCCCAUGCAGAAAUGGGGAGAACAUGCACACUCCACACAGAAAGGCCAUGAGCUUCGAACCAGAACUGUCUUGUUUGAGGCAACAAUAUUAACCACUGCCACCCCAGCUAUUUCCAGGCAAUUCAUAAUCCUGAAGUUAUAGGAAAACAUGCUAUCAGAUGGUAAGAGGAAUAUUUAUACAUUUUAGGAAAUAUGUAUGUUCAAGGUUCAAGGAUUUUAUUGUCAAUUCA